CACAUGAUCUACAACUCAGUAAUCGCUCUCAUGUGGGAUUUCAAAUGCAUGUCUUUUUGUGUCUGCCAUUCUCCUGUACGUUGCUCGUGCACUUUGAUAUGUUAGAAUCUUCAGUUGGUGUACAUGAGGAUUCAAAGGCCGCAUCCAUGGUAACCCUCCGCGUUGAUCCCCAUUAUCCCGUUUAUAUAUAUAUAUAGGUUGGCCGAGGCUUGUUGAAUAAUCAAACAUCAUAUCUUCUCAAAAACCUUCAAUAGUUUUGAACUUUUCUCUCUUAAUCAACUCUAGAAAUGGCAACUCCAAAAUCUUCUUUCCACAAUCGUUCAAUCAGUUUGCCAUCCACAUCUCACCCACUCGAUGCAAGCAUUGAGAACCACAUCCGCAGGCUAAGGGUCUCACAAGCAGGACCGUCAUCUUCCUUAUCCCAAAACUUGUGCAGUGUGAAGGAAUUACACGAGCAAAUGAACGAUUUAAUUCAUUUGCAACACAACCAACAAGUUCUUUCCAAUGAGCAUAAAAGGGUAGAAGUUGAAGAGAUCCUAGAUGGGUCCCUUGUAACAUUGGACUUCUCUAGUUCUAUCCUUGAUGCACUAUCUCAGAUGAAGGAAUCCAUUAUGGACCUAAAAUCAGCUUUCCGUAGGGGAAGCAAUGAUGAAGGCAUCCAUGCAUUUUUGGUGUCAAGAAAAAAGGUCAAGAAGAUGCUUUUUAAAUGUCUUGCAAUUUUGAAGAAAUCCGAAGAAAGUUGUAGUUUGAAACAAAGGGAAAACGAUGAAUCCAUAAUGAGAGUUCUAAAGGACGCAGAAAUAAUCAGUCUUGCAACUUUGAAGUCUCUUCUAUCAUACAUGAUGGGGAAGAAGAAAGUAUCUCAAACACGCGGUUGGUCCUUAGUCAAUAAACUUGUUAAGUCCAAAAAUUUGUCUCAUGAUUCAGAAAAUGCUACUGAGGUUGAGAACUUAGAUUACGCCUUGUGUAAGAAUGCUGAAUCAAAGGUUGUGAUGAAGCAAUUAGAGACAUUAGAAAUUGUCAUCCUUAAACUUGAGGAAAGCCUUGAAUCUGUCUCUAGAUGCUUUGUCAAAACAAGGGUCUCCCUUCUUAAUGUACUAAAUCAUUAGUUAUACUUAGAUGUAACCAAUUUUGUGGAGAUGAGAAU